AUGUCACUAUUUGACCUCUAUUAUAUAGCCUUUGGCUAUCCCGAAAAGGAACUCAACACGGACAUUGCCCUAAUCACUGGCGGCGGCAAUGGACUGGGUCGUCUGCUAGCCGAAAGACUUGGCAAACUGGGCACCAAAGUUAUCAUCUGGGAUAUAAACAAAAAGGGCAUUGCGGAAACCGUUGAGCGGGUGCAAGAGGCGGGCGGCUAUUGCAAAGGUUAUGUGGUGGAUAUAUCCAAGAAGGAAGACGUAUAUAAAGCAGCCGAUGUCAUCAGAGCUGAAGUCGGUGAUAUAACUUUGCUGAUUAACAAUGCUGGCGUUGUCUCUGGCUUGAAUCUGUUGGAUACGCCGGAUCAUUUAAUCGAGCGCAGCUUUAAUGUCAAUGUUAUGUCACAUUUUUGGACCACAAAAGCAUUUUUACCCAAAAUGAUUGAGAACGAACGUGGUCAUAUAGCUUCAAUAGCAUCGCUGGCUGGACAUGUGGGCAUUAGCAAAUUGGUCGAUUACUGUGCCAGCAAAUUUGCAGCGGUUGGCUUUGAUGAGUCGCUGCGACUGGAACUGGAAGUGCUGGGACACACGAACAUCAAAACCACUUGCAUCUGUCCAUUCUUUAUACAAGCCACAGGCAUGUUUGAUGAUGUCAAUGCCAGAUGGGUGCCCACAUUGAAUGCCGACGAGGUGGCCGAUCGCAUUAUUAUAGCCAUUAAAAAGAAUGAGAAACUUGCGGUUAUACCUGGUUUCCUUAAAGUCCUGUUGCCCUUCAAGUGGGCCUUCCCUUGGGGCUGUGUGGGUGGCUUGCUGCGUCGUCUAGUACCGGAUGCCUCACCCAAGGGCUUGCCCAGCUCCAGUCAUAGCGCAGUUCUAAACAAUGGCCACAUCAUUGCCUGAUCAACUACAACACUAACAAACACAACAGCGGAGCUCAGCGGUUGCGCACUGAAUGCGCAGCUUACAAGCGCCAGCGCCACUUUGCCAGCCAAGUCACCCUCGAUGCUCAUCCAGCGCACUCCUUCGUUGGGGGAACGUGUGCUCUAAACCACCACCGGGUCGUCGUCCCCCCUUUAUUUUUGCAUUUUAUGUGUGUGUAAUUGAAUUUGUUCUUACCGUUCUUUUUUAUGAGUUUUUAAAUUUCGUCCACGUGCAUUACAAAAUACUAAGCUACAAGUCUAGUGAUAUUACAUUUAGUUAAAGAGCCCUGACAUUAAAGUUUAUAUUCUCUUCUUUACUGUACAGCGCAAUGAGUCAGCGGUUAUCAGGUUUAAUAAAUGCAUUUCACUCUAUCGGUUAACAAUUUUUAAGUUUUUUGGGGCACAAUAAUUUAAGCCGCGUGUGAUUCCUUGAAACGAAUCUUUGCCGUAGUUAAAUACAAAGCAAGAAAUAUAUAUUUAGUUAUUAAUAACAAACAUACUUAGUUAGCAGCGAAACAAACAAAUAA